AUGGGUGAAGCGCUCCUCCAAUGGGACUGUGGCGAGCACAGCUUCAACUUGGACUCUGAGGAUACCACCAUGCCGAGGCUGGAUCUCUUUGCCUACAACAACCAUAACGAGAGCAUUUUCGAUGAUUAUCGAUACUUCCCAGGACUCAAGCGGGAUCAUGAGUCGGUGGUGAAGUUUGACGCCAGCAAUGACGAGUUUAUCAACCACGCUACCCUCAAGGCGUUGGUGGUUCAGCUCACGUCUCCUGAGGUGAUUGACUACAACCUAAUCUGUGACUUCUUUUUGACCUACAGAACCUUCUCAGAUAGCCAUACCGUGCUCAAUCUCUUGCUUACAAGGCUCAUAUGGUCUCUCCAAUACAUCAAUUCCAAAACAGAGGACACCCAGCACAUCGGUCAGCUUGUCUUGCUACGUACUUUUGUUGUGUUGAGACAUUGGGUGUUGAACUACUUUCUUGACGACUUUGACGCUGAUCCCAAGCUCGGUGACACCUUUGUGUUCUUCAUGAACCAGAUCACAAACGAGUCUGCUUUCGUCCGUGACGACAUGGUUUUCGAGCGCAAGAUCAUUUCUGACUUGAAGACCCAUUGGCUUUCCCAGGUUGAGGAAUUCUACAACGCCGGCUUGUCUGACCAAAACGUGUUUGCAAUGACCCUUCCCUUGCUCUCAGAGGUGGCUAACUUCAGGAAGUUGCCCAAGCUGAGCACGCAAACUUCGCUUCGUACAAACCCAUCGUUUAGACGGUCGGCCAUGCUCUCGCUUUACGACCAGCGAGCUCACUACAAAUGUCUCAUUCAUGACGAGUCCACCACUAAUGACGAAAACCCCCAGCUUUCCAUUAAUAAUCUAUUGUUCCAACACAAGUCGUCUAGAUCUUCGUUGAACGACAAACUCUCAGAAUUCCAAGGCAAGAACCGCAAGACGACUCGCAAGCCCUUGGCUCCUAUUCAGCAUCACAAUAAUCCCAAGCAUAAUUACAAGGGUCUCAAGGACUCUUCGUUGGCAUUGAAAAAGACCUCAAACCCGUCCGCAGAUGCAGACGACGCUGAGACGCCUUUCACAUCCUCUGGCUUUUCCACUAAUGGCCAUGUUAAGCUCCCAUCAUCAAGAGUGUCCAACAUUCUUCCGCCCACGCCGGUGAAGAAGAUGGACAUCACCUUGAAGCACACACCAACACGUUCAGAUUCUAGAAGGAGGCCAAACUUUUCAGACGGCUCCAUGUUUAAUGAGAUGGAUAGAAAAACCUCCAUCAAGAAAUUCGUUGACGGAUGGAAAAAGUCUUUUAACGAAACUAAAGCCGAGUCUCCAUUCCUGAGCCCGAAGCCCUCUAACGCAUCAACGUUCAAAACUAGCGUGCAAUCUAUGCCAGAGACGCUUCAAGUUGGAAACCGUGUGGAUAUCCUUAGUGCAAGAAUUGUCGACGAGCUUGAAUAUCUCAUUCACUACUACAUUGCCGAGCAGAGCAACGCCAUAACAGAGACCGAGGAUAGAGAUGACAUAAGCCGAUCUGAAAUUAGAUUUGACAGUCCGGCCAAGGAGUCAUUUGUCGAUGUGAAUGUCGAUGAUGACAAGAGUAAUAGAUCACCAACGAAACCAGAUGUGCAAGAGGAUGUCACCAACGAUGACAUAUCGAUGCAAGAUUUGCCCGACUUAAGUAUCGACAGGAUCGAUAACUUUUUCAAAAGCAGCACUAGUCAAGGCGAUAGGUUGUCCGAACAAAAGAAUGAUAGAUCGAAAAUAAGUUCUUUCUAUGUUGGACAGAAUGUGUCUGGAAGUUCGUCUUUUGGAAGAGUGGCCAGUCUCAAUUGGAACGAUGAAGGCAAUCUUAACUUGGAACAUUCUGAAGAGCUUGAUGAAUCCCUCACGAAUGAUGAAGUAUUUAAAGAAGACGCCCUUCGAGCAGAACGAAUGAUCAAGUCGGGGACACAAUAUUUCGAUGUUCCCAGCGAUAAUGAGAGCAACGACAAGUCAAACUCAUCCAUCUCGACUCCAAGUGAUAUCGCAAAUUACAAAGACGAGGUAGUUGACUUAAAUAUUGCCAUGAGUCCUCAAUCCAUGAAGAGGCAGGUGACAAUGCAGCGUAUCAACCGAUGCGAUUCCCUGGGAAUUUCGAUGGGCAAGCGCUAUUCAAUGAUGCUGAGAAACUCCAGUGGGUCCAUGCUUAAAAGAGAAUCGAUAAAAUCAUACCUCAGUUACGAUUCAGCGUACUCGAUCGCGGGUUCGGAAGUUAAGGCCGUGGAGGGUGGCAACUUGAAGAAGAAGCACGCCAUUCAAGAUUUGAGAAGACUCGCCCAGCAUGAUGGGAACGAAGCGGGCUUCAUGGAGUCAAGCGAAUUUCAGAAUGGAUCGCUUUCACAAUGGAAAGGCACGAGAUCAAGUCACUUUUCUUCCAGAUCAUCCAUCAGAAAGAGUGUGAGGUUCAGUACCCUUUGUGCAUUAACUGAGUUGCCCUUCAAUCACUGCCGUGACAGCUAUCAAUCUGGCUCUUUGCUCGAUAGAAACAGCCAUUCAGGCAAACUGUCUGCCAUCGAUGAUAGCUCAGUGUUCUCCAUCGCUGCAAAGGAGAAGGUUGAUCGCACUUCUAAGGCUGACCAUAAGAGCGUCAGUGAUGAAUCCUCAUCGAACUCUGUUGCAAUUCCAGGGAUCAGCAGCUACGUUUUAAAAGAACUCGCUGCCAUUCCUGACGAGUCGUUCAAUUCCGCUACCAACCCAAUCCAGAACGCACUUUCUAAAUUGGAAGGAAGGGUCAGACUCGUCAAAUCAAAGUCUGGCUACACAAUAGAAAGGAAAGACGGCGGGAAACACCAAAGCAUAAUAAGUACCCAACCUGCGGAUGAGGGGACCCGAAUCGAAACUUUUGAGGAUGAUAAGAGCAUGGAAGAAGACGAGGAGGCUGAAGCAAACGACAUUCAUAACAACACAGAGGACAUCUUGGCUGAGAUUAACAAUGCUGUGACUGAGGAUGCAAUUGAAUACUCCUCAGAUGUCGAGAAGGAGUUUAAGGAAAAGCCUCUUACCCCUAUCAAGACAAGGGUUAGAUCUGCGCUUAACAUGCCAUCUGCAACUCACAAUAUGAAUACUUUCUUGAUGAGCGGAACCAACAGUGAAAAUGCAAGUCCAUUUUCAGUUCUUUCGCCAAAAGCCGUUUUGGAUCGCUAUUGUCUUGGAUCUGAGCACCUUACAAUCCACAACGUCAUGGAGCAUUCCUCGCACGUUUCUUUUGUUCUAAGCUAUGACUCCAAGUCCUUGGCUGAGCAUUUCACUAUGAUUGAAAAGGAUAUGCUUCAAGAUAUCGAUUGGAAGGAGCUCAUCGAAUUGAACUGGAACAAAGAGCUCACACCUGUCAACAGUUGGCUAGAGAUCAUUGUCAAUGACAAUUACUAUACACAGAACAAGGGUGUGAAUUUGGUGAUUGCCCGUUUCAACUUGAUGGUGAACUGGAUCAUAUCUGAGAUCUUGCUUACGAAGGCGGAGAGCGAGCGCAUAGCCAUCAUGUCAAGAUUUAUUCAUGUGGCACAACACUCGCAAAUCACGCAGAACUUCUCCACAUUGAUGCAAAUAAUAUUGGCUUUGACCAGCGAGAAGAUAAGCAAGUUGAAGGAGACUUGGAAAAAGCUUCCACCCGGUGAUCUCUUGACAUUGAAGAAUUUGGAAGAAUUGACGUCGCCGCUCAAGAACUUCAUCAAUAUUCGUCUUUGCACUAAUCAGGUAAGGCCCUCAAUUGGAUGCAUUCCGUUUGUCGGUCUUUACCUUUCGGACUUGAUCUUUAAUGCCGAGCGUCCUAAGUUUGUGAAGCGCCAACAAAAGCCUCUAGACCCACCAGCCAGGGGCGGGACAGCAAGUGCCUCCGAGAGGAGUGUCACGAUAGGGGACUCGACCACGGGGCUGGACGCGGAAUCGGAGUCUGAGAGGCUCAUUAACUUUUCUAGAUUCAGAACUUCGGUGCACAUUGUCAAGUCACUCUCGCAAAGCAUUGAGUGGUCGAGGAAUUACGAUUAUCCUGUGGAUGAGGAGUUGCUCCGCAAGUGUCUCUACAUCAAGUCACUUGACGAAGAGGAGAUGAACUACUGUGUGAAGAAUGUGGUCACCUAA